CUGGUGUUUGUCGUCGAACGAAGAGAACAAAAUCUGAUCCAGAUGCAUUCUGAUCUGAAAUCGUAAGCUAUCGAUAUUUAAAUUUUUUUACGUAAAUUCAAGCCUGUCAUUUUUCAGAUAUUUCGAAAUUAACGACAUAUCUUCAGACUCAGUCAGAGUUUUAUGGUACUUUUGCCUGCAUCCGGCUUUUAAUUCCAAAUGGGCUAAUAUUUACGCUUUCUUAAGUGUUUCGUUGAAUUCUCUGUACAUUGCGUUAGCAAUUAAAGGGAUAUUGCUUUCCUACAACCAAAACAUAUUUUUGACGUCGGAAUAUUUACAAACUUGUAUUCUAUGCACGCAUAUAAUGGGUAGUGCAUUAAAUAUACACAUUCGAAGACAGAACUUACUUAAAUUGCUUGAACAAAAAUCGAGGUUUUGGAAAAUUGGAACAACUGAUAAAAAAUCAUUGCGUCUACAAAGUUUGAAAAGAUUUCACUUCGUCAAGAAAAUCAUACGCUGUUACUAUUUACUUUCGUUCCUUUCUUUGGUAUUAUUUGAUUUGCAGCCUUUUACCGCGGGUGUAUUGCCUGUAGUAUGCUAUGUACCAAAAGGAUGGUUCUAUUAUUUAUUGUUUCCAAUGUGGUACAUAUCAACAAUUGCUUUUGCUUCCACGAUAGGAACAACUUGCCUUUUUUGUUCGCUUGUAACUUCUCUAAUUGAACAGUUUCAACUGCUGGCACAAGGAUUUAGGGAUAUGUGCAACAACAGUCGUGAUAAUAUUUGGAAAGAGCUAAAGGCUUUGGUCGAUCAUAACAACUUUUUAUUAAGUUAUUGCGAAGAACUGAAUGUGGCAUUUAGAAGUAUAUUUUUACUUCUUUUUCUAAUUACAAUAGUGUCUGCAUCUGUGGCUAUUUUCAUUUUUAUGCAACCGGGACCCUUGGUUAAUAGAGCCAAAUGCAUGGUCCAUUUUGUUGUUGCCAUUAUUGAAAUAGGAUUUUAUUGUGUCCCACUGGAAAUCCUCAUCACCACUGCUCUUAAAAUAGAUAGUAUUCUCUACGAUUCAAAAUGGUACGAAAUAGAAAUGAUCCCUUUCAAGAAAUGUUUAACACUUAUUACAAGUAGAGCUCAAAAACUUAUGGUGUUCAGUGGCCAUGGACUGGUUAACAUGAAUCUUAAUACUUAUGUUUUAGUAAGGCUUUAUCAAAAUGUUUCAAGUUAUUUAAUGCCUUUUUCUAGAUUUGUAAAACUGUUUUCAGCUUUUACACAUACUUAAACUCAUUUCAGCAACCGUAAGCGAGAUAAUCAUAGUUCUUAUGGAUAAUACAGCUGAUUUAAAAUUUUUAAACGUGUUAAGUGCGUCUAGUUUAGUUAAACUUCUUGUAAAUUAAGGUAAUUCUU